AGGAUACAAGAACAGACGGUAUUCAUCCGACUCAAUGUCAAAUGACAGCGAGAAUAAUAGUGGUUUGGGGUGAUGCGGACAAAUAAGAGGCUGCAUACGUCGGAAUGACACAGGGUUUCCUUACAGCAACCCCAUUUGUGCUGCUCUUCCUGUUGGGAUUUGCGAUGGCUGGUAUCAAUCUCUGGCCAUCAAUGCACAUUGCCUUGAGCAAUGCCAGUGUGCUUGUGGAUUACAACACUGAAAGCAACUUCACCAACCACAGACUGACAGUGUCAUUGAUUGACAUUGACAUGAAUGUUACAGUGCUCUCCAGGUCACUUCUCUUUAACCAAUCAGAAGGGUCACUGGAGUUUAACUGCUCCUGCUUCCUGUAUGCAGGUAAUUUCAGAUUCAGACUGGAGCAGAAGCACAACCUUGACGUGUCUAACAGAAGUGCCAUCUGGUGGUGGAGUCCUGUUCUGCAUGUGCACUGGCCCACCUUUCACCUGGCUGUGGAUCGUGGCAGCAACAACCAGAGUUCUAAUGACAUUAGGAUAGGUGUGUACACUAAUGACCACUUCCAUUCUUGUUCUAGCAGCAAAGCUUCAACUCUCCACCUCGACGUCAGCUACCUUGAACAAGACCAGAUUAGGGGGAACACCAUUGAGAAGGUGCAGAACCGGACAAGACACGAUAUCAAAGUAGUUAGGUCACAACAUGUGGAGAUGCCAUGUGCGUCCUCUCUGACAGAGCGUGGCUUCAUCAAGAUCUCCAUAAAAUCCCCUGUCACCCAGCAAGACAUUAAAUCCUCUGGUCCUCUUUACCUGUCCAGCAUGUUCGCCUACAAGCUUCAUGUGGAUAACAUUUACAAAAGUGGAUGUGAGGGAGCAGUGUCUGUUCGUCUAAUCGCUCCUCCCUGUACAGUUACAAUUGGAAAAGUUCUGCUUUAUAAGGAAGAGAGUAACAACAACAAGGCCAUUUCUUCUCACAUGGCUUUCAACUUCCUCACGCAAGGGGAGAAUGAGACUGAGUUUAACUGCUCCAUCUUUGACCCCGGCAGAAAUAAGUACUGCUUCCAUUUCACACUCGUCUACAGUCAGGCUCCCAGUUUAGCACACACCUGUGUGAUUGUGCAAAGGCAUACAAAAAUGUGGGGACCGUGGCAGCCAUGGAGUGGUUGUAGUGUGACGUGUGGUGAAGGGGUGCGAGAGCGUGUCCGUGAAUGUCUGCUGCCCUCUAGUGGUGGGAUGCAAUGCACUGGCAUGGUUAGGGAGCAGUCUCACUGUUCGUUAGAAGACUGCACUGAGGAGCUUCCCCCUCCACCCCUCACUCCACCGCCAGCUGCAAGCACACCCCUAGCUGGGAAUCUAGUGGUAGUGGCUGGGAUUUCCCUGUGCCUGGCUGUGAUUCUGGCCACCAUCUUUAUCACAGUGUGGAGAAAACUCUGCCGUGCUCCAAAGUGCAGCUCCAUGCGCCGUGGCUCUCUGCACUCUCCCAGUGGCCGAAAGAACUCUGAUGAAGCUUCUAUCUGUGGUCACAGCAUGCAGAGACCCAGUUUCUCUGAAAGUCUCCAGGCAGCUCCUCUACAGAAGGGAUUUACCUUUCCUGCAAAGCAGGCACCUUCGGACCAAGGUGUGUUGGCUUGUCAACAGAGCAUGUCCCUUCCUCUUCCCCUUUCUCAAGACCCAGAGAGAAUGUCUCCUUCAGGCCAAAAGAUCUUUCCCCCUAUUUUUGGCUACCGCUUGGCUCAACAGCAGCUCAAGGAAAUGAAGAAGAAGGGCUUAAGAGAGGCCACUAAAGUCUACCAUGUGUCCCAGAGUCCAGUCGAUGACACCGUGCUAGAGGCAACGGCUUCAACCCCUGCCGGUCUAACUCCCGCACCCCAAGAACUUGACAGCCCGGAAGAGUCAAGCAGCAGCCACUUCCGCAUAAGGUCUCCCUUUCCAGAACCUACGUGGUCUCCCAAAAACAAUGCUUUAUCGGAUAGACAAAAGGUGGACUUGUUGCUGGGUCCACCGAAGUCUGCAUUUAGUGCUAACAUCCGUCGUCUCGAGCGCACAGCAGACUGGGUGGAGAUGGUAGAGCGUAGUAGAGUGCCCUACUCCAAGAAUCCCAAUUUCAGGAGAUCCUCAAGUUUCCACGAGAACAACCAGCAGCAGUUUCCCCUGUCCCGACCCUACCGAGAAAGAAGCAUGACCCAGGUGACUCCUCGCCAAAUACCAGAGGGGAGCUGUAGAAGCAGAACCUGGGAGCAUACGCUUCCUGAACUUGAGGUCUGGUCUUGUUCCAGUCCUAGAAUGACUGAUAGCUCAGUGGACCACAGGAGAAGACCAUGGGUUGAAACUCCUCCAUCUCAAUCAAACUCGAAAGAUUCAGUUCCAGUGACACCAACAAAAGAGCCCUUGGUGGAUCGUCAUCAUGUGGCCAGGAGCCCAUCUUCCGCACUGGAUCGAGCUGAACGGGCAGAACAGAACUGGAGCAGAAGAGGUCCCUCGCCUAUCCAGAGGAACAUACUAGCCAGGAAGCUACGAGAAGCUAAUUCAUCUACCUGCCAAAGACAACGCAGUUCCACAUUCUCUACCUCAGACCAGCGCAGGGGACGCUGUCGCAGCCUUCCUCUCUCUGCAGACUACAGCAACUCCCCAUAUAGUCUAACAGAAUCAGAACAGCACAUGAUGGACAUUUCUGGAUACUUGGGUGAGGAUGAUGGAGUAGAGGUUGUGAGCAUUCAUAAACUUCAUAACAAUUCAUAAA